UGUCAAAUUGACAUUCUUUGCGCGUGAAUUUUGGCGGUUAUAGAGUAUUUCAUGUUUCGAGCAAAUAAACAAAUAAAAUUAAGAAAUCAUGGCUGAAAAACUCGAGGACCUGAAUCUCCCGAUGACUGUUGUGACGAGGAUAGUGAAAGAAGCACUACCAGAGGGCGUUUCAAUAUCAAAGGAGGCGCGAACCGGUCUCGCGAAAGCCGCAUCAGUUUUUGUGCUUUACGUGACUUCUGCAGCUACAAAUAUAGUGAAAAAUAAGAAAAGGAAGGCUUUGACGGGUCAGGAUGUGUUAGACGCUAUGAGGGAUAUAGAAUUCGACAGAUUUGUUGAGCCGCUUGGCGAAGCUUUAGAACAAUACAAACAGAUGGUGUCCGCACGGAAAUCUGGUGGUGGCAAGAAGAAGGAUGAAGGAGAGGAGGUGGAAAUGAUAGAGGAUGACUGAUGUGAUAUUUUGACUCAAUAGUGUUAAGUGUAUUUAAGUAAUUUUGUUAAUAAAUCGUGUUUUAAACGA